UCGAACCUGGGCGGCAGCGCGCUGUAGUGCAGCAUUAAGAGAGCAAUUGAACAGCGGUUUGCAUCGUUUAAAAACGCUGAAUAUCUUCUAUAUAAUAGUCAUAAACAAAGACCUAGUUUGUGAAUUGUAUUCUCUACAGCUGUGGACUCGAAACCGAAAAGAAACCAUCUCGCUGUGUCGACCUCAACAACAAGCCAGGACUGGUGUUGUGUUUUAUUACAAACGCUGUGAAGAUGACCGAGUACAAACUGGUGGUGGUUGGUGCUGGUGGUGUGGGCAAGAGUGCGCUCACAAUUCAACUGAUCCAGAACCACUUCGUCGAUGAGUAUGACCCUACUAUUGAAGACUCCUACAGAAAACAGGUGGUGAUUGAUGGAGAGACAUGUCUGCUGGACAUUCUGGACACAGCUGGUCAGGAGGAGUACAGUGCCAUGAGGGACCAAUACAUGAGGACAGGAGAGGGCUUCCUCUGUGUCUUUGCCAUCAACAACACCAAGUCCUUUGAGGACAUCCACCAGUACAGGGAACAGAUCAAAAGGGUAAAAGAUUCAGAUGAUGUCCCCAUGGUGCUUGUGGGUAAUAAAUGUGACCUACCAGCCCGUACAGUGGACACAAGACAAGCCCAGGAACUGGCUCGCAGUUAUGGCAUCCCUUAUAUUGAAACAUCUGCCAAGACAAGACAGGGUGUGGAGGAUGCAUUCUACACACUGGUUCGUGAAAUCAGGCAGCACAAGCUCAGAAAGCUAAAUCCUCCAGAUGACAAUGGCCAGGACUGCAUGAACUGCCGCUGUGUUGUGUCAUGACCAGGCCGUGUGUAACAAAUGGAAGAGACUUUUGGAGCAGCUGCACUGCAGCAACACUGUGAUGUCUCCACAGAUGUUAGAGAUUGGGACAGACUGUAUAAAAGAAAACCCUUAACAUUGGCACAAGUGGAUUGAUUCUCCACAUUUGUUUGCUGAGGGACAUCUCUGACACUGGCCUCCACUGGAGAAAAUUUACCUCAAAGACUUGUCUCAACACUGGGUUUGCUUGGGUCGUGUUAAGGACUGCCACACUAAAAUAUGUUAUCCCUACUAAAACGCUAUCUACUCUGAACUGGAAACAAUAACCUUGCCUAUCACCUCAUCAGCUUUGGACUUUUUAACAACAUACAGGAAGAAUGUAGAAUUAUCACCGUACUUGGAUUUGUGAACAUUAUGUUUAGAUUAGCAAACUUAAUGUGAGGAAGAACUAUACAGCUUGUAUGCCAUGUCUUGAGAAAGGCCUAACUUGAUAUAAUGUACAUAUUUACUGACCUCUCUUGAAGCAAAAUACUUCACUGUUCCAGUGCAAUAGUUCAUAUUGUUGAUCAAGGUACAGUGAUAAGGGAACACACUGCUUGGACAUCAUUGAUUUGCACAUGACAUAAGACUGUGUUUUAAGUGUGAGGAUACAUUUCAUACAUGAUCCUUUUUUUCCAAUUUAUCUGUCGAUCUCUAUUUAAUUAACAAAGAAACUUUAGGAUUCUAACCCCAAACAUUCAACAAGAUUUUGUCUGCUUUGUGUUUAUUUGUGCUGUUUUGGAGAAAUCCUACACGGUGCCUGUAGGUUAGUUUAUUUCACAGAGGACAGACUCCAACUGAAUUACACACACUGCAACCUUAAUAGCCUAAAGCACUAUAUUUCUGCCCAUCACUGUGCUUUAUUGCUGCUCAGGGCACAGGGUUGAGACAGUGUGGUUUGGUUUGGAGUCCCUUGACUUAUUGUGAAUUGUUUUAUUUCUGUUCUUUCAAAUGAUCUGAGUGUUUAGAAAGGACAGUGAAGUGCUGAUGUUACCAAUUCAAGUGCUGAAACAUUAAAAUCAGUGGUCUUA